UGUGCUCUCCUCGCAUGCUUGCUUGCGCUCUCCCUCCUCCUCCCCCUCUCGUGUGUGUGAUGCUGGUCUCAAGGGUGUAGCUCAGACACUGCAGUAGAAGGUAGGGCUUGGCUGCUGCACUAUACAAUGCGUUGAAAGAUGGUGCACCAAGAGAAAUGUGUUUACCAGGCCCAGAGGAACGAGAGGGAGUCCAUUAGGCAGAAGCUGGCCUUGGGCAGUUUCUAUGACGACGGACCGGUUACCUUUACUGGCUGCAGCAAGAGCAGCAAAAACUGCCUGUCCUCACGGCUUCAGAAUGGGGUGAAUCUACAGAUGUGCUUUGUGAAUGACAGCAGCAGUGACAGGGACAGUGAUGCAGAGGACAGCAGAACAGAGACCAGCCUGGACACCCCAUUGUCACCUAUGAGUAAACAGAGUUCAUCUCUGUCUGACCGGGAUACAGGAGAGGAAGACCUGGACACAGAGGAUUCAGAAUUCUGGCGGCUACAGCGGCGGCUGCAGGAGGAGGCGCGUGUGGCUCUAGCUUUGGCCCGUCCCAUGGCCCGCAUGCAGGUGGAGGUGGAGAGACAGAUUCAGCUACACCGCAGGUCCCCCGUGGCAGACCUGCUUCCACAUCUGCCACACAUCAGUGAGAGCCUAAUGAAGAGGAGUCUGAGGCCUGUGGACCUGAGGGACAUGAGUCUUGGUCAAUUACAGGUCAUCACCAAUGACCUGCACUCUCAAAUUCAAGGUCUGAAUGAGGAGCUGGUUCAGCUGUUGCUUAUGAGAGAUGAACUACACAUGGAGCAGGAUGCCAUGCUGGUAGAUGUGGAGGAUCUAACCAGGCAUGCACAUAGCCAGCAGAGGCACAUGAUGGAGAAGUCUCUGGCAAAAGGCAAAGCAGUUUGUCACGGUCGCUGUGAUUCUCCAUUUUGAGGCAAACAGCACAGGGUCCGACCAUUUGUGUUUCACUAUAUUAUGAAGCAGUGUACUCGCUAUAGAUCCCUUUUUCAACUAAAUGUGUGUUUUUGCCUAUGUUAAGCUUUGUGUGGAUGUAUGUUAAUUUUACAUGCUGUAAGUGUUCAUGCAUGCCCGCACCUUAGCUGAGGGUUACACACUCACUUUUGAGAAAGUCCUGUUGAUCCUUCAUAAUGUAUAAACACAGAAAAAAAAACAUACAACAUGAAUCAAUCACUGACAGGCUGGAUCUUUUCCUGUGCAGAAUGUCUGCUGGUUUCUUGAUGAAUACUAGAUGACUCCAUAUGGACCUUAUAGGAAACAACUAUGGGCUAUAGUUCACCAACGAUUAAAUGAUUUUGUCAUUUACUCACCCUUAUGUCGUUCCAAACCUGCGUGAAGAUAUUUCAAAGAACUUUUUUUGUCCGUACACAUCAAUGUGGUCCAAAAUAACACUGGACACCACUGACUUUCAUUGUAUGGACAAAAAACAUGAAGACAUUUUCAAAAUAUCUUUUUACUUUCCAUAGAGUGAAAAGCAUAUUAAUUAUUAGGUGAACUAUCCCUUGAACUAUGGAAGCUUGAUUCCAAAAUGGAAAAAAAGAAAUAAAUUUACCUCACAAUUCUUACUUUUUUCUUGCGAAUGAUAGUUUAUAUCUCACAAUUCAGACUUUUUUUUUUUUUUCACAUUUGCGAGAACUGCGAUUUAUAAACUCACAAUUGUGAGAAAAGUCAGAACUGUGAGUUUAUACCUUUUUAUCAGAAUUGUGAGAUAUACAGUAAACUUGCAAUUGCGAGUUAUAGGCCUGGUUUCACAGACAGGGCUUAGCCUAAGCCAGGAUUAGGUCUUAGUUCAAUUGGGGCAUUUAAGUAGCUUUUAUAAACGUUUGCUAGGAAAAAAAACAUUACUGGUGUGCAUCUUAAGACAAAAUACUGGCACUGACAUAUUUUAAGAUACGUCAGUACAAGUUGCUUUCAGUUAAAACAGCUCAAAUUAGUCUAGGACUAGUUUAAGCCUUGUCUGUGAAACCGGGGUUUAAAGUCUAAAUUGUGAGAUAAAAAGUGGCAAUUACCUUUUUUAUUUUUUAUUCUGUGGAAGAAACAAGCUUCCAUAUCACACACUAUGAACUAUAGUAAACUGCUUCUCUGUGCAGAUUAUUGCUGGAUUCGCUUACUAACCUUCUGCAAUAUUUCUCCUUAGGGAUGAAUACGUUUACUCUCUAGUUUUUACUCUGACGCAGUGUUUGCACUGGCUGAUGUGCUGUGAAUUAAGCUCUCCUACCUAAAACAAAGAAAACAUAGCCAAAAGUAAAAAGUAGGAUGAUGUUAGCAUAAUAUUUGUUUGAAGCUGCCUGGUGUGGUGGAAAUAUAUUCUUGUGUUCACAAUGAACUAUUAUGUCAGUCUUUUAAGAAUCCCUAUUUUACUUACUUUUUCUUCUAAAUGUGGCAUUUCCUAUUUCACACAUGUAAGUGACACACUAUUCUGUAUAUCUUUGUGCACAGAACUGUAAAAGGAAAUUACAGUCAAAUAAAUGACUUAAUAUGG